AUGUCCGUCUUCGGACCCACACGCGCCGUCGCGCUCCUCGCGGCCCAUCACGCGCGCUGCAUCUCGCACCGCGUGCGCACGUUACCACCCAAUGUCUUUGCCGAGUUCUCCGCACUCGCGACUCAGCACAACGCUGUAAACUUGGGACAGGGCUUUCCCUCGUUCCCGACGCCGGCGUUUGUCCAACAAGCAGCGAUUGCUGCGAUUAUCCAGGAUAAUAACCAAUACACGCGGCCCGGCGGCCACGUCCGGUACGUCGAGACACUGGCUGAGAUGUACGCGCCGCUAGUGGGACGGCCGCUGGACCCCAUGCGGGAGAUCGCGACGUUCAAUGGCGCGCAGGAAGGGCUGGCGUCGAUCCUCGCGGCGCUUUUGGAGCCCGGGGACGAAGUGCUGACGCUGGAGCCGUACUUUGAUGCGUACGUGACGGUCGCGCAGCUGCACGGCGUGCGGGCCGCUGGGGUACCGUUUCGCUUUUAUCCGGAUAAAACAAACAGCGACAAAAUGUCGUCGCGGGAUUUUCGCCUGGAUUUAUCGACACUCGAGGCCAUGAUCACGCCCAAGACGAAGCUGCUGGUGUUAAACACACCGCAUAAUCCCACGGGCAAAGUCUUGUCCAGCGAAGAGCUGCGCGAACUCGCGCACGUGCUGGAGCGGUAUCCGGAUAUCACUGUGCUGGCGGACGAAGUGUACGAGUUUAUGACGUACGACGGCGUCCCGCACGAACGCAUUGCAGCGCUGCCGGGAUUCUUUGACCGAACCAUUUCGCUGUUUAGUGCCGGCAAAACGUUCUCAUGCACGGGCUGGCGCGUGGGCUACGCGGUUGGUCCAGCGCACUUGGUCGAAGGCGUGAUCAAAGCCCACAGCACUGUUCCCUUCUGUGGCACGACGCCGUUCGAAGUGGCGCUGGCUUCGGUGUUCCGGGAAGCACAGGUUAAUGGCUACUUCGACGAGCUGCGGGAGACUAUGGAGACGAAGCGUGAUCGACUGUGCGAGGCGCUCGAGGCUCACAACUGGCGUCCGAUCGUUCCACAGGGCGGCUACUUUGUGUGCUGUAACGUCGAGCGCUUGCCGUUCUACAAUGAGUUUCGCGACAUCGAGGUCACAGCAGACACUCCGAAGACGGAGUACCCGGAUUACCAGUUUGCCUACAAGCUGGUCAAGGCUGGUCAUCUUGCGGUGAUACCGACGUCGCCCUUCUUCAGCCGCCCGGAGAACCGCCUUGCCCCGGGUAUGGUACGUCUCGCCUUCUGCAAAGACGACAAGACGCUGGACGAUUCCAUCCGCGUGAUCGAGUCCCUGGCGAACUAG